AUGCCUAUGUCAAAGGGUCGAACCGUUACCGCGAACGGAAUCGAGUACCGUGUCAGCGAUAUCCGUGGGGUUGUGACUGACCUGGGGAACGUCUUGCGUGGUGAGGCGGAUCCUGAAGCUGCACUGAAAGUGAUUUGCGCCCGCUCCAAAGAGUUCGACAUCCCGUUCCGCCCGGCCCGGGUUGUGCUGCAGGAUUUGCUGGGUACCCCGGCACUCGUAGACCUCGCCGGAUUGAGAGAUGCAGUCGCUGAGAAGGGCGGUAACCCACGCCUGGUGAACCCUGUCACCCCAACCCACCUUGUUGUGGAUCACUCGCUCAACGUCGAACGUUGGGGCGAUGCCAGUGCUCUUGCAGAUAACGAGGCCAUCGAGCGCGAACGCAAUGCCGAGCGAUUCCAGUUUCUGGACUGGUGCAACAAGGCUUUCAGCAAUCUCUCGAUCAUUCCCUCGGGCAAAGGCAUCCUUCACCAGAUCAACCUUGAGCGUCUGACCACGGUUGUGGGCACUCAGCGUCGUGGCGACGAACUCUGGGCGUUCCCGGAUACGUUGGUAGGUACUGACAGCCAUACCACGAUGAUCAACGCCAUUGGCGUGUUGGGUUGGGGCGUUGGUGGUAUCGAAGCCGAAGCUGCAAUGUUGGGCAAAUCGCUGAUGCUGCGAUUGCCGGAAAUUGUGGGUGUGCGCCUGGAAGGCACCUUGCCUCAAGGUUAUCUCGCUACCGAUAUUGCGCUGGCACUGACCGAGCAGUUGCGCAAGGCUGGUGUGAUCGGCUCGUUCCUGGAGUUUUUCGGCCCUGGCGUUCCACAACUGUCGCUGGCAGACCGUGGCACAUUGUCCAACAUGGCGCCUGAGUUCGGGGCCACUGCCGCGAUGUUUGCGAUUGAUGAUCGCACCCUGCACUACAUGCGCAUGACGGGUCGUGGUGGUCAGCUCUCUGGCCUGACGGAAGCAUACGCACGCGCACAAGGGCUGUGGCAUGACAGUCUUGGCGAUGCGGAAUACAACCGCGUUGUGACACUGGAUCUCAGUUGCGUUGCGCGUUCGAUUGCCGGGCCAAAACAACCCCAUCAGCGCGUUGUGUUGGGACAAAAGGCGCCUGCCACAAAUCUUCCAACGGGUCUGGACAAUGGCUCCGUGGUUCUCGCUGCCAUCACCAGUUGCACCAAUACCUCCAACCCCCGUGGCGUUAUUGCAGCCGGGCUGGUCGCGCGAAAUGCCCGUAAGCGUGGACUGAAAAGAGCACCGUGGGUGAAAACCUCAUUUGCUCCUGGCUCCAGGGUGGUGUCUGACUAUCUUGAAAAAUCCGGCCUGAAUGAAGAUCUGGAUGCGCUUGGUUUCAACCUGGUGGGUUAUGGCUGCACCACCUGCAACGGCAUGUCCGGCCCGUUACUUAGCCCUGAGAUUGAAGAAGAGAUUCGCACCCGUAAGCUGGAAACCGUGGCUGCGACCUCCGGCAACCGUAACUUCGAAGGUCGGGUUCACCCAUUGGCUCGCGAAGUAUUCAUCAUGUCGCCGCCCCUGAUCGUUGCCUACGCGAUUGCGGGUACCUACCUGAUCGAUCCGGAGAAAGAUGCUCUGGGGCUGGAUGAGAGUGGCGUACCUGUUUACCUGCACGAGCUGUGGCCAAGUGACGAAGAACUGACUCGAAUCGAAGCCGACAACCUGACCGCAGACCUGUUCGACAAGGCAUACGAAGAUGUCCCGCGUGAAGCGGGUUUGAUUGCCAGCGACUUGCGUGCAGGCGUCAGCGACCAAUAUGCCUGGCAGGACAGCAGCACGUACAUCCGCAAGCCUCCGUACUGGAGCGACGCGGUCACGGCCACGGAUACCCGCAAAGAUCUCAGCAACAUGCGCGUCCUCGCCAUGCUGUCGGACAACAUCACCACCGACCAUAUCUCUCCAUCGGGUGCGAUCCUGCCUGAAAGUGAUGCAGGUCAAUACCUGCAGUCCCACGGUAUCGCUGUUGCUGAGUUCAACUCCUAUGGCACUCGUCGUGGUAACCACGAGGCGGCACAGCGUGCGACCUUCGCAAGCCCACGUCUGAAGAACGAGCUGCUCGAAGAUGGUCGCGAAGGCCCAUGGACGCUGCUGCUGCCUGAAAAAGAAGUCACCACGAUAUUCCAGGCUGCCGAGGUCUACGCCACUCGCAAGCAAUCGCUGAUCGUCGUAGCCGGCAAGGAAUACGGCAGCGGUUCCUCUCGCGACUGGGCAGCCAAAGGCCCACGCCUGCUGGGUGUUCGUGUCGUGGUCGCGGAAAGUUUCGAGCGUAUCCACCGUACCAACCUUGCUGGCCUGGGCAUUCUUCCUUUGCAAUUUGAGGAAGGCGUAUCGCGCCAGAGCCUUGGGUUGAACGGGCGCGAAACCUUCAGCGUCGAGGGCAUUGGCGACGACUUCCAACCAGGUGCCAACGUCACUCUGGUGAUCGAGCGUGAAACGGGUCAAACCGAGCGAGUCACGGUCGUGAGCCGCCUGGAUACCUUUGAAGACGUUCGCUACUUCCGCUGCGGUGGCCUGCUGCCUCAGCUGCUGAUCGAAAGCAUGAAAAACGCAUCCGCCAAU